GAAAAACCUUACAUUUAUUAAUCGCUGCCAAGUUUCUGACCUCUUGGAGAUGGGGACCAUCCUUAUUCCUUCCCUUCUCCAUAUAUAGACGAUUGAGUUCUACACAUUUCUUCACCAUCUCUCUCUCACUCUCCCCUGUUUCUCUCUCAGAAACUCAGUUCAUUGUCCUCCUCUCUGGGUUUAUCAGAAAUUUUAGCUGAUACACCAGACCGGCAACAUUGCCAUCGUUCCUAUUCUAUCUGCCAAUCUUGGAGGAGUUUUGAAGAGGACAAAUGGUUUUGUCUUGGGAGAUAUAAAUAAUAUCCCCCAUUUUGUUGCAGCCCAGAUCUGUCUUUCCAUUUUUUUCUCUUCUGCAUUUGGAUUUUGUUCUUUCCACUUGAAAUUAUUCUGUCUAGAUUACAUGGAGAGGUUUCUGAGAUUCAUUUCCAUGGCUCCUCUGAUUCUGCAAGUACUAUUUGUUUGUCUUCCUUGUGCUCUUGCUGGGCAUGACUACAGUCAGGCUCUGAGUAAAAGCAUUCUCUUCUUUGAAGCCCAGAGGUCAGGGUACCUUCCCAGUAGCCAGAGAGUUACUUGGAGAGGUGAUUCUGGUCUGCAUGAUGGGAAGAUUAAUGGGGUGGAUCUGGUGGGAGGUUACUAUGAUGCAGGGGACAACGUGAAGUUUGGACUCCCCAUGGCCUUCACCCUAACAAUGAUGUCCUGGAGCAUGGUUGAGUACAGGAAGCAAAUGGCUGCCAAUGGAGAGCUUGGCCAUGCCAUGGAAGCUCUUAAAUGGGGAACUGACUACCUCAUUAAAGCUCACCCACAACCCUAUGUCUUGUACGGACAGGUGGGAGAUGGGGACAGUGACCAUUACUGCUGGCAACGGCCGGAGGAUAUGACGACGAAUCGGCAAGCAUACAAGAUCGACGUGAACAACCCGGGAUCUGACCUCGCCGGAGAAACUGCGGCGGCAAUGGCUGCAGCUUCCAUCGUCUUCCGCCAUUCUAAUCCCUCUUACGCCAACGAGCUACUCACACACUCUAAGCAGCUUUUCGAAUUUGCGGACAAAUACAGGGGCAAAUACGACAGUAGUAUUCAAGUGGCGCAGAAAUACUACAGAUCCUACAGCGGUUACGAAGAUGAGUUGCUAUGGUCUGCCGCCUGGUUGUAUCAAGCAACCAACGAAGAGUAUUACCUAGACUACCUGGGUCAAAAUGGUGACUCCUUGGGUGGGACCGGUUGGUCUAUGACUGAAUUCGGAUGGGAUGUCAAGUAUGCUGGUGCCCAAGUUCUGGUUUCCAAGUUCUUAACGGAAGGGAAGGGACAAAAAUACGCGACAGUAUUCGAGAAAUACCAGCAGAAGGCAGAGUAUUUCAUGUGUUCUUGCCUUGGGAAGGGAAGCCGUAAUGUGCAGAAGACCCCUGGAGGUCUCCUCUUCCGUCAAAGGUGGAAUAAUAUGCAAUUCGUCACUACUGCUUCAUUUCUCGCCACCGUCUACUCCGACUACAUCACCUCCGCUCGUAAAUCCAUCUCCUGCCCUUCAGGCUCUGCUUCCGCCUCUGACCUUCUCAACUUCGCCAAGUCUCAGGUGGAUUACAUUCUUGGAGACAAUCCAAGGGCCACUAGUUACAUGGUGGGCUAUGGUAACAAUUACCCACAACAGGUUCACCACAGGGCAUCUUCCAUUGUCUCAAUUAAGGUCAACCCAACCUUUGUUACCUGCCGUGGAGGAUAUGGCACUUGGUUUAGCCGCAAGGCCAGUGAUCCCAAUCUCUUAACUGGCGCCAUCGUCGGUGGCCCUGAUGCCUAUGACAACUUUGCCGAUCAGAGGGACAAUUAUGAGCAGACAGAGCCUGCUACGUACAACAAUGCUCCUCUUUUUGGGGUUUUGGCCCGACUUAGUUCUGCCAAUGGCGGAUACAAUCAGCAACUACCUGAAGCUUCUCCGGCUAAGUCUGUUAUUACCAAACCAAGUUCAACUUCUCCUUUAACAAUCGAGCAAAAGGCUACAUCCUCAUGGACCUCAAAGGGCAGAACCUAUUACAGAUACUCGGCAGUGGUGACCAACGUUUCAGGGAAGACUAUGAAGGACCUCAAACUUUCCAUAUCCAAACUUUAUGGUCCUCUUUGGGGCCUUUCAAAGUCAGAGGAAGCCUAUGGAUUUCCAUCAUGGCUCAAGUCUUUAGAUGCCGGCAAGAACUUCGAAUUCGUUUACAUCCACUCAGCAUCUCUCGCAGAUGUAUCCGUCUCUAGUUACACAUUGCAGUAGAGAGAGACAAGGAAAGGAAAUUUACAAAAGAGAAGAAAAAGGAGUAAUUUUCUUUGGUUUUUCAUUUGGGUAUAGACCAAGAAAUUGUGCAGGUACAGUGAGAGAGAGAGAAGUGGCAGUCCAGAAAAAGGGUUCUUGUCCUCUUCUCUUCUCUGUUAAAACAGAUUAUAAAUCCUUUUGAUGUGGGGUUUUAAGUUGUAAGGUUUCAGCUGAAGCUUAUGUCUUUAACAAGAAUUGACAGGGCCAGAAGGGGAGAAAGGAGUGAAGAGACAAAAAAAGAAGUGCUCAUCCUCGUUCUCCUCCACCUCAUUAGUCACAGAGAGAGAGAGAGAGAGAGAGAAGUCCUUUGUUUCUUUGUAUUUAAAAGAACUUCACAGGUUUUUGUGUAUUGGUUGUAAGCUUUACAACUUUUUUGUUUGUCACUCCAGAUGAAUAUAGUUUGUGCCAUGAAAUCUUGUUUUA